AUGCUAGGAACCGUUGUUACGGUUAAUGAUUGGUAUUGCCGAGAUGGUCUCGUGCGAGGAAUCGACACUUUUCUCCCUGCUGCCUGCGUGGGAUUCUAUGCCGAUGCCGCCUGCGCCUUGAUAGAAUUAGAAACGGGCGACACAGCCGCGCCAUUCCUGCGAUAUACCCUGACCCUGGGAUGCCUCGCUAACGGGCUGGAACUUGAAUUGAGGGCACACAGAUACAAAAUUGGUGAUUCCUUACCUCCCACUGGUGCGGUUGAGAAGUGGACAUGCAAGUUGCGGUCUGCGAGCCCUUUCUCAACCAACCCCAUUUUCGCCCAAAGCUGUGCGGUUGCUGCCCAGCGACGGCAGCGGUAA